AUGCUGUCAGGCACCCAUGUGAUGGAGGGCUCAGGGAAGAUGUUGGUCACAGCCGUGGGUGUCAACUCUCAGACGGGCAUCAUCUUCACGCUGCUCGGCGCCGGUGAGGACGGCGAUGACGAGAAGGACGAGAAGGGGGAAAAUGACAAGAAGAAGAAGAAGAGGCAGAAGAAGGAAAAAGACAGGAAAAAAGAAGAGCAGAGGAAAAAGGACAAGAAAGACAAGAAGAGUAAAAAGGAUGACAAGGAAAAGAAAGGUAAAAAGGACGGAGCCAACGUGGAGAUGCAGCCGCUCAACGAGGACGAGGACGGAGACAAGAAGAAAAACCUGCCAAAGAAAGAGAAGUCUGUCCUUCAGGGCAAGCUGACCAAACUGGCCGUGCAGAUCGGGAAAGCAGGCCUGUUGAUGUCGACCCUCACCGUCCUCAUCCUCAUCACCCGUUUCCUCAUCGACACCUUCUGGAUUCAGGGCGUUCCCUGGACGGCUGAGUGUGUUCCCAUCUACGUACAGUUUUUAGUCAAGUUCUUCAUCAUCGGUGUGACGGUGCUGGUGGUGGCUGUGCCUGAAGGUCUCCCUCUGGCCGUCACCAUCUCCUUGGCCUAUUCAGUCAAGAAAAUGAUGAAGGACAAUAACUUAGUCCGACACCUGGACGCCUGCGAGACGAUGGGCAACGCCACGGCCAUCUGCUCCGACAAGACGGGCACGCUCACCAUGAACCGUAUGACCGUGGUGCAGGCCUACAUCGCAGGGUGCUACCACAAGGAGGUGCCAGAUCCUGGCAAGAUUCCAGCCAAGAUCCUGGACCUGCUGGUGUUGGGGAUAGGGGUCAACUGCGCCUACACCACCAAGAUCAUGCCUCCAGAGAAGGAGGGCGGUCUUCCUCGGCAGGUGGGGAACAAGACAGAAUGUGCCUUACUGGGAUUCACCCGCAACCUGCGCAAAGACUACCAGAGCGUCCGCAACGAGAUACCAGAGGAGAAACUUUACAAGGUCUACACCUUCAACUCUGCCAGGAAGUCCAUGAGCACUGUGCUGAAGAACCAAGACGGCAGUUACAGAAUGUUCAGCAAGGGGGCGUCAGAGAUCCUGCUGAGGAAGUGCUGUAAAAUCCUAAUAGCCACAGGUGAACCUAAAGACCUCCGACCUCGGGAUCGAGAUCAUUUGGUGAAGAACGUGAUCGAGCCCAUGGCGUCUGACGGCUUGAGAACCAUCUGCUUGGCCUACAGAGAUUUCCCCGUGGCUGAAGGAGAGCCUGACUGGGACAAUGAAGCUCACGUCCUCAGUCGUCUCACCUGCAUCGCUGUGGUGGGAAUUGAAGACCCCGUGAGACCUGAGGUGCCAGAGGCCAUCAGGAUGUGCCAGAGAGCCGGGAUCACAGUCCGCAUGGUGACUGGAGACAACAUCAGCACCGCCAGAGCCAUCGCCAUCAAGUGUGGCAUCCUGCACCCUCUGGAUGACUUUGUGUGCAUGGAGGGCAAAGAGUUCAACCGACAGAUCAGAAAUGAACUGGGAGAGAUUGAGCAGGAACGUAUUGACAAGAUUUGGCCAAAGCUGAGGGUCCUGGCCCGAUCGUCACCGACAGACAAACACACUCUGGUCAAAGGGAUCAUCGACAGCACGGUCCUGGAACAAAGACAGGUGGUUGCCGUCACUGGAGACGGGACAAAUGACGGACCUGCGCUGAAGAAGGCAGAUGUUGGCUUUGCCAUGGGCAUCGCAGGGACAGAUGUGGCGAAAGAGGCGUCCGACAUCAUCCUCACUGACGACAACUUCACCAGCAUUGUUAAAGCAGUGAUGUGGGGAAGAAAUGUCUACGACAGCAUCUCCAAGUUCCUGCAGUUUCAGCUGACGGUCAAUGUGGUCGCCGUCAUUGUGGCCUUCACUGGUGCCUGCAUCACACAGGAUUCUCCUCUGAAGGCGGUGCAGAUGUUGUGGGUCAACCUCAUCAUGGACACCUUCGCGUCACUCGCUCUCGCCACCGAACCUCCAACAGAAGCCCUGCUGCUCAGGAACCCUUACGGUCGCAAAAAACCUCUCAUCUCUCGCACCAUGAUGAAGAACAUCCUGGGACACGCCGUUUAUCAGCUGACCCUUAUCUUCGUCCUACUCUUCCUCGGUGAGACUUUGUUUGACAUCGACAGCGGCAGGAACGCCCCGCUCCACGCCCCGCCCUCUGAACACUACACCAUCGUCUUCAACACCUUCGUCCUCAUGCAGAUCUUCAACGAGUUCAACGCACGCAAGAUUCACGGAGAAAGGAACGUCUUCGAGGGCGUCUACAGGAACCCCAUCUUCUGCUCCAUCAUCCUGGGAACCUUCGUCAUCCAGAUCGUCAUUGUUCAGUUUGGUGGUAAACCGUUCAGCUGUGUCAGCCUCAGCAUCGAACAGUGGCUGUGGUGCGUUUUCCUGGGCCUCGGCAGCCUUCUGUGGGGACAGCUGGUGUCCAGUGUUCCCACAAAAUGGCUGAAGUUCCUGAAGACAGCAGGUCACGGCACGCAGCAGGAGGAGAUCCCUGAGGAGGAGCUGGAGGAGAUGAAGGACCUGGAUGAGAUCGACCACGCUGAGAUGGAGCUGAGGCGGGGGCAGGUGCUCUGGUGCCGUGGUCUCAACCGCAUUCAGACACAGAUCCGAGUGGUAAAUGCCUUCAGGGACAGCGUGUCUCCCUAUGAAGGUCUGGAGACGCCGGAGUCUCGCAGCUCCAUCCACAACUUCAUGAGUCACCCCGAGUUCCGCAUUGGAGACUCUGAACCUCGGAUCCCUUUGAUCGAUGAGAAUGAGAGUGAGGAUGAACCGCCCACCAAACGCAACUCCGUCAUCGCCCCGCCGCCGCUGACGACGCCGCCCAACCUCGUGCCGUUACCAACCUCUCUCAAUCAGAACAAUAAUGCACUGGAGCGCGUUGUCCCGCUGCAUAAAGACAACCCCAGAUCCAGUCUCAUCGCCCAGAAUUCCUCAACUCUGCCACGGUGUCCGGGGAGCCCCCUGCACAGUCUGGAGACCUCCCUGUGAAACCUCCGAUGAAGUCGUUGUUGCUGUACACACUGUUGACUUCCUGCAGGGGGUGCUCACAGACCUACGGUAGCUGCUGUUCCCAGGAUGCUUUGUUUCAGCGUCAUCCACACAGACUGUGUUCCUCCUCCCUGGUGGUUUCUCAGUGUACGAAAAUGAACUUUGAGGUUGUUUUGUAGGUAAGACGUGUUUGUGAAGUGAUCAAGGUUCAGUCUUUGGUGUCUGUACAUAUUACUGUUGAAUAAUAGGAAGGAAAUAUUUCAAAUCUGCAAUGUCUUUGAUGGAA